CUAUAGCAUGCGGUAGUAUGUGACCGGAUGAAAUGGAAAUGGUUUCACGACGAUCUCGCGACCACAUGCUACAGAGUGCGAUUUUUGGCAUCACCGAGUCUCAAUCUAGAAGUAUGGACUUAACAAAAGAGCAAACCAAAAUGUUGGUGUUGUACGAGCAACAUCCUUGUUUGUACGUACAAAAAAGCGAGGAUUACCAUAACCGAGACAAAAGAUUAAAAGCUCUACAAACAAUAGCUCAACAGUUCCACGAAAUGACUGGAUAUAUAGUUAGCAUAGAUGUAAUAAAGAAAAAAAUCGCCAGUUUAGGAACACAAUACUUAGAGCAAAUUAAUAAAAUUCAAAAAUCUAAAUCGAGCGGAGCUGGUACAGAUGACGUAUUCAAACCAACAUGGUGGCUGUUUGAAGAAUUAAGCUUCUUGGCACCUCAUAUAGCAUCCAGAAAAGGCGAAUCCUCUAUAUCGAAAAACAUUGUGACAAAAUCAUAUGUCGAUACAUUUUCAUCCUCUCAAGAUCGUGAAUAUGAUGAGGAUGUGGAUGACUUAUGUUUUGUGGAUGUACAAAGAGUCUUGGGAUCAAACAGUCAUAAUAUACCAAAAAAAGAUUUUUCAGCCCCUAUUAAGACUAUAAAUUCUUCAGCAACACCGUCUACUUCACAUAAUAAAACAGAAGAAAUAUUCGAAAUACAGAGUGUACACUCUGACACUUCCAGUGUGUCUAGUUUACAAUUGACAUCGGGUAAAGAAAGUGUCCGAAAAAAAAAGAAAAUAGAAUCAAAGGAAAAUACUAGUGAAGCAUUUUGGACAAACGUUAACACUGUAUUGAAAGACAUAAACAAAGAUGAUCAUGAAGAUGAUGGGCUUCAUCAUUGGAUAUUAUUUUUAAAGUCUGAACUAAAGUGCAUAAAAGAUAAACGACGUUUACGAAGAGUACAAGCUGAUAUUUUACAUCUCGUUUAAGAAGUGUUGGAUGCAGGCAAUGCAUAAAACUUAAACUUAAAAUGAUUAACAAUAAUUUUAUACUACUUAUAUCGAUUACAUUAAUUUAUCUUUAUUUUUUAUACAUGUUAUGUUUACAUGUUUUAUGUAUGUUUACAUAUAUUUUAAUGUUCUGUUUUUUUCUCACAGUUUAUUUUCUAGUAGUUUACUUUUGCCAAAUAAAGUUACGUUGUAAUUAUUUAAAAGUAAAUUGUUAAGGUUCGGAUAGAAAUCGGUUUUCACAAAGGAUUAUGGUGAUUAAUUGCGAUAUAUUUUCUGAACAAAAACUUGUAAAAUAUAUGUUUACACGUUCUUGAGCGCUAAAGCUAGAAGGGGGGGGGGAGAAAAACAAAAAACGACAAUAAAACGCCCUCAACCAAGAAAUACAAAUGAGGUGGUAACUAAAAUAAUAACGCGGGCUUUUCAAAAGAGUCAAUUUCCUCAACACUCCCACUUUGACUUGUUGGAAAGCCUAUUGCACGAUAUCGUCUCCACUCCUGUGUGACCACUUGAUGUGACCUCGCAAUUUAAAGUAUGCUUGAUUUAUCUAGGACACAUAGCAUGUCCCUCUGUCGCUGAAAUAUAUCUCUGGUAAGCGGUUUGGUGAGUAUGUCAGCCUGCUGUUCGUUUGAAGGUAUGUAUUCCAGAGUAAACUUCUUCGAUGCGUACAUAUCUCAUAUGAAAUGGUAUCGCACGUCUAUAUGUUUGCUCCGCUUGUGGAACUCUGGGUUUUUUUAUCAAUCUCAGAGCACUCUGAUUAUCAACAUGGAGUUCAGCCUUCUGUGUCGUGGGCGUCAGGCUGCGAAGCAGUCUCUUCAUCCAAAUCAGUUCCUUGACUGUUUGACAGGCCGCUACGUACUCGGCCUCAGUU